AUGCGUUCCUUUUCGUCUAUCGCACUCCUGUCUGUGAUAGGAGCUGCUUCGGCCCAGGCUGGUCCUUGGGCGCAGUGUGGGGGCAAGUCCUUCUCCGGCUCUGUUUCGUGUGCUUCUGGAUGGAAAUGCCAGGUGUUGAAUGAGUGGUUCAGCCAAUGCGUGCCUGGCGCAGAGUCCACGACUCCCUCGGUGUCGAGCACUCCGUCGGUAUCCAUUACUCUCUCACUCAGCACGGGUAUCAACAAGGCAGCUUCGACAACCUUAAAGUCCACUCCUCUGCCAUCUUCUUCUACGGUCGCACCAACCCCUCGCCCGUCUGGCAGCGGCUUAUUUGCCAAGGCGGAUGGAUUGCAGUUCUCAAUUGACGGCAAGACGAAGUAUUUCGCUGGCACAAAUGCCUAUUGGUUGCCAUUCCUUACGAACAAUGCAGAUGUUGAUGCUGUAUUCGACCACUUGGAACAAACUGGCCUGAAGAUCCUCCGUGUCUGGGGCUUUAACGAUGUGAACACCGCCCCCGGUACUGGCACGGUCUAUUUCCAGCUCCAUGACAAGGCGAAGGGCACUUCGACCAUCAAUACCGGCAAGGAUGGCCUUCAGCGUCUUGAUUAUGUCGUAGCUGCCGCUGAGAAGCAUGGCAUCAAACUUAUCAUUCCUUUUGUGAACAACUGGGACGACUAUGGUGGAAUGGACGCGUACGUCAAUGUCUAUGGUGGUAGCAAAACCGAGUGGUACACCAAUGAGAAAAUCCAGGGUGUGUACCAAGCCUAUGUGAAGGCAGUUGUCUCUCGGUACAAGAACUCCCCAGCGAUCUUUGCUUGGGAACUCGGUAAUGAGCCUCGCUGCUCUGGCUGCAGCACUGAUGUUAUCCACGAUUGGGCGGCAAAGACCAGUGCCUACAUUAAGUCAUUGGACCCCAACCACAUGGUGGCCAUUGGUGACGAGGGCAUGGGCCUGACCAUCGGCUCGGAUAAGUCUUACCCGUAUUCCACCAACGAAGGAAACGACUUCGUCAAGAACUUGGCUAUUCCCGACAUUGACUUCGGAGUGUUCCACCUUUACACUGCUGACUGGGGUGUCAAGGACAACGCAUGGGGCAAUGGAUGGGUAGAAAACCACGGUAAAGCUUGCAGGGAGGCCGGUAAGCCGUGCCUGUUUGAGGAGUAUGGCAUUAAGGGCACUCAUUGUGGGGAUGAGCUUAAGUGGCAAAAGACUUCCCUUAGCUCUGGAAUGGCUGCCGACUUGUUCUGGCAGUAUGGCCAGAAACUGUCCACCGGCGACUCCCCGAAUGACCAGUACACCAUCUACUAUGGUACCGAUGACUGGAAGUGCGCCGUUAUGGAUCAUAUCAGUCAGAUCCCUAAGUAG